CUGGGUAGUCGGGUCUGGGUUCGGGUUCGGGUUAUGAAGAAGAGACGGCUGAAAAAGAUCUUAAAACAUCAUUGUCUUGACGAUAAAAUCAGCCAUUGAUUCAGUGUGCUCUGACCGCUCGACUCGAUUAGACAACACAUCAAAGUUCAGCACCAUGGCGGAUGAGAAGAAGAAGGUUAAGAAGAAGAAGACCAAGGAAGAGGGUGGUACUUCCGAAACCGCUUCUGAGGCAGUGUCCGAGGCAGCAACCCCCGCACCAGCUGCUACUCCUGCCCCAGCUUCUGCUACUGGUUCGAAGAGAGCGUCGGGCGGCUCGCGUGGCUCCAAGAAAUCGAAGCGCGCCGGCUCCUCGGUGUUCUCUGUCUUCUCCCAGAAGCAGAUUGCCGAAUUCAAGGAAGCCUUCCAACUUAUGGAUGCCGACAAGGACGGUAUUAUUGGCAAGAACGAUUUGCGCGCUGCCUUCGAUUCCGUCGGCAAGAUCGCCAAUGACAAGGAGUUGGACGCCAUGCUGGGCGAAGCCUCCGGUCCAAUUAACUUCACCCAAUUGCUGACCCUGUUCGCCAACCGUAUGGCCACCUCUGGUGCCAACGAUGAAGACGAUGUUGUUAUUGCUGCCUUCAAAACAUUCGAUAACGAUGGUCUCAUCGAUGGUGAUAAAUUCCGCGAAAUGCUCAUGGGCUUCGGUGAGAAAUUCACCAUGAAGGAGGUCGAUGAUGCCUUCGAUCAGAUGGUCAUUGAUGAUAAGAACCAAAUCGAUACCGGCGCCCUGAUUGAAAUGCUAACCGGCAAGGGUGAUGAGGAGGAAGAGGAAGCCGCCUAAGCAGCAGCUGGCCCCGUACACAUCCUAACUCUAACUCAGCAUCCAUAUUACAACCAACAACAACAACAACAACAAAAAAAAAACAAAACUUAAAAACUUUUAAAAUCGUCUAAAAAAAAUAAUAAACGUAAUUAAAAGAAA